CUCUGUUAUUUCAAAGUUUUUCUAGCACUCGAGCUAUCCAGAGCAGUUUUAUUUUAAGUUAUUUCUCUAGAGUUCGUCGUGAUCAUUUUUUAAACAAAUUCGAUUCAAUUUUCGAAUUGAAAAUUCGAAAUUCGAAGUGGAAAAUUUCCCUAAAUUUCCGUAACUUACCAAAAGAAGUCGGGGCCCAGUGAUGUCACUGAUGCGACUGAUACGUUGCUCCAAAUUUCGUCAUGUCUAUGGACAGGGGCUGAAGCGGGAGCAGGGCUUCGAGGACAUACGCGUCUCCAAGUCCAGCUGGGACUCCACUCUGUGCACCGUCAAUCCCAAGUUUGUGGCCAUUAUUCUGGAAACGUCGGGCGGUGGAGCGUUCAUUGUGCUGCCACAUGGUGAUGCUGGACGCAUUCCGCCCGACUAUCCGCUGGUGUCCGGCCACAAGAGUCCCGUGCUCGAUAUCGCCUGGUGUCCCCACAACGACAAUCUGAUCGCCUCCGCCUCGGAUGACUGUACGGUUAAGGUGUGGACUAUACCAGACGGCGGUCUCAAGAUGACCCUCAAGAAACCCACCGUCGAUCUGGACUACCAUCAGCGUCGAGUGGGCCUGCUGCUGUGGCAUCCCACGGCCCAAAAUGUUCUGCUUACCGCCGCCUGGGACAAGAAGGUCGUCAUCUGGAAUGUGGACACGGCCAGGGGCGAGAUCCUGGUCGUCAUUGACGCCCAUCCGGAGGUGUUGUACAGUGCCAGCUUCAACUGGAACGGCUCGAGGCUGGUCACCACCUGCAGGGACAAGAAGAUCCGCAUAUUCGAUCCGCGCACCGCCCAACUGGAGAGCGAGGCGGAGUGCCACGAGAGCGCGAGAACGUCGCGCGCCAUCUAUCUGCGCUCGGGCCAGAUCUUCACGACGGGCUUCACCCGGGGCUCGAGGCGCCAGUACACGCUGCGCGAUCCGCACGCACUGCACGCGCCCAUUGCCAAGGCCGACCUGGACAUGGCCAGUGGUGUCCUGUUCCCGUUCUACGAUCCGGGCACCAACAUGAUAUAUCUGUGCGGCAAGGGGGACGUUGUCAUUAAGUACUUUGAGGUGACAUCGGAGCCGCCAUACGUCCACUACGUGAACACAUACCAGGCGACGGAGCCGCAACGGGGCAUUGCCAUGAUGCCGAAACGGGGCUGCGACAUCACCGCCUGCGAGGUGGCCAAGUUUUAUCGGCUGCAGAGCAACGGCCACUGCCAGGUGGUGUCGAUGAUGGCGCCACGCAAGGCCGAUCACUUCCAGGAGGACAUCUACCCCAAUGCGUUGGCAGCGCAGGCCGCCAUCACGGCCAAGCAGUGGAUGGCGGGCGUGGAUGCGGAGCCCAUUACGUUCUCGCUCAGGGAGAGCUUCAUCGCCCUGGCGGCCAGCAAGUCCGCCAGCAAUGCGGAAAAUAUUCAAAACCGUUCAAAUGAAGAAGCCACAGCUGCCACAAGCUCCAGCAACGCAGCCACAUGCAAUGCAGCCACAUACAACGCAGUACUAGGCAGGCGUGCACCUCGCUCGUCGGCUCAGUGGGAGCAGAUUCUGCGCAGGAAUCAGGCGAACAGAGGCAACUCCAAGUAGACAGGCUGAAGGUUGGUCGCGUGGGUUACAGGGAAAUGGGGGAGAACAAAGAGUACACCCAAAAAAACAAGAGACAUCCUUUAAUAAGUAUAUUUUCCAUUCUUAAAUGUAUAUAAAUAUGACUGUCCAAGCACAAAGCCAAAGCCAAUAGACAUUAGAUAUCUGCGCUAUUUUAUUUGAGAAUUUCGAA